ACAGAAUUUCCGUUCAACUAAAGCAGCCUGUGAUCCCCGAUUUGGAGACUCGAGCCGAGAGGAGCCGAGACGAGCCCGAGCGGCGUCCGAAGCCGAGAGGCUGAUCGGUCGCAGUAGAAUCGUUGUGAAGUAGAGAAGCACUUCUUCAGUGAGAAGGUGAAAGGGCCGCUUGUCCUGCUGCGUUAUGUCUAUGGACUACUUGGUCACGGUGCAAAAGCGUCGCCUGAGCCCGGAAGCGGCUGUGUGGGAACAAUCGGACAAUAAACGGUUUUGCCAAGGAUUAGAUGGUAGCUUUCCAGUUGAGAAUGAUGUACCAAAUACCCAGCUAAACUGGAGUUCCAUAGAUCAUUGGAAUCUACAGAAGCAUGUUCAUCCUGCAGGACUGCUGAGUAGAACAAUUUCAGUCCCUAAUGUGGACAAGUUGACUUUUGCGAUGCAACAAAACCAUGAACAAGUGGGCACAUCAAAGCCUUGUCCCCGAUGUUUGGCUGGUGAAUCUGGUCAUAUUAAUCAUAUGAGUGGCUAAAAGAAAAAAAUGACCAUCGUAAAACUGAAGAGACUUUUUAGUGCCAUUACCGAGAUUCUACAAGAGAAGUCUAAAUUGCUUAAUUUUAUAUUACAAGUCACUGAUUCCAAGCUUAAUCAACAUUCACCUAAUGAAAACAGCUGGCAUUGUUACCUGUUUUACUUGAGUUCUGUAAUGAAUAAUGUUUAUUGUACUGAACGCAGAACAUUUGUUUUCUAAUCAGAGGAAGUUAAAUGAUUAUCAGUUAGGGUCUUUAUCCACCAGAGUAUGUUUGUAAAAAGUUAUAACUUUGAAUUUUAAAUAAACGCAGAUAACACUUGAACAUUACAGUAUAGAAUCGAUGACUAUGUACUAUUUACCGAGUUUUUAAAUCACUUUUUAUUUAGAAACUUUUGUUUAAAAAAAAGCUUCAUCUUCGAAUUUAAAAGAAAAAUUUUAUUGCCAUGUUAGUUUUAAAACUAUGUAAAUUGGUUGUAUUUUUCUCUGUAUUUUUCGCAUUUUAUGUGCCAGAAUAUAACCAACUUAGUGUGGGAUUUCAUUUACAAACUACAGGUUGUUACUGCUAUUUUAUCUUUCAUUUCCUUCCCUUUUUUAAUGAAAAAGGUGGAUAAUGCUGGUGUACAAUUCCUUGGGUUCUGGCAACCCAUCAAGUGCCAUUCUUUAUUUGUAAACCGAGCUAGUGUGUUUCAGCAAACUAAGCAGCUAUUUUGUGGAGCUUGACUGUGCCAAACACAUUCACUUUCCAUUAGGGUGACUAGAUGGCAAGCCCACAAGUGCUAAAGUCACUUGUUUUCCCUGUUAGCUGGAUGUUCAACAUGUGACAAAAUGAGGUGAAAUCCAUCAUCUGAACAGCUGCUGUAGUUAACUCUAACCCUAAAUCAUCAAAAAGAACACAUAUUUUGAGUAAACCAAUUUGCUUCCUCCCAUACUUGUUUGUGUUCUUGAACUUGAGAGAUGGAUCGGCAACCUCUCAGAGGCCUUUGCCACUGUGACAUCUGAUCUUUAAGAGCAUUGCCCAGGUUGAUGUGUUCUGAUUUAUAAAUGGGGAUAGCAUGGAGGUUGGUGGGAGGGAGAGACUGCAUCCCUCUGUCCAAAGAGAAAUUUGCCUCUUUUUGUUCUGCCUUCAAUGGCCUGGCUGAACUGGCAGGCACCAGAAUCAUCAUUUGGGAUGGUUUAUAUUUAGUGCGUUUUUUUAACAAUAGGCAAAAAAAAGAUUGAAAAUUGGAUGCCACUUUUGAAUACGUAUUUGUAUUUUUCAAAAUACUGCUCAGCAGGAAGCUGUAUACUAAAUGUUUACUUCACAUUAUGUUUAGGAAAUAUCUGCAAGCAUUUUGUAUCACUUCUGCAAAUGAUUGUAAUUUGAAACUUUAUUAUGCAAAACUCUGUAUGAUUUUUUAAAAAUCUUAUUCUGAAACAAAUGUGCUGGACAUGUGAUUUUUGGUAUCUCAAGCAUCAAAAACAAAUUAUAAAGGGAACGUUUUGCACAGAUCACAGUGGGAAUUGAGUUGGUACAGUUCAAAAUGUUUUUAUCUACUUUGUUUACAGCUGCAUUCAAUGGAUAUAUGCUUUCUAGGCUCUUUUUAGAUUUAACUAAAACUGGAGCUAAAAUAAAAUGGGUGCUAUAAUUUAAGAAGGUGUGAUGCUUAUUUAUAGCAGCCUGUGUUUGUUCAAUAU